GAACUUUCUUUGAAUGAAUGGGUCCCUCUUUUGGUCUUUGAGGGCCCCUCUGUGUGUAACGGUAACUGGGUUCUUCCAAAACUAGGGUUAAAAGCUGCGAAUUUGAUAAGGCUCCUAAUUUAUUCCCCACUUGUCAAUGAUGGGUUUUCAGUUUCAUUCUUAAAAAGUGAUUCUGAAGACCCAUCUUUAUGUAACAGUUGUUGGGUUUCCUUUUCAAAGGGGAAGCAGCCUGUUUUUGGGUGGCAUUUUGAUGGAGUUUUGAUUGCUAAGGUUCUAUACUGGUUUAGUUACAGAAUGAUCAUCUCUAUCUUGGGUUGCUCCUUUUUUGUGCUUUUCUUUUCGUAGAAAUGAAAGUUUAUUAUUAGAACCAUUCUCAACUCUCAACCAUUUCUUCUCAAUUCAGAGCUUUCUUUGUCUCUCUCUAUUUUUUUCUGUUUAAGUCAGUCUCUAAAGCUUUGGAAGAAAAAUAAACCAUUUUUCGAACCCAUUUAGUGUAACUCAUGGAUUUGGGUUAUUUGAUGAGUAAAUCAUGGUGGCUUUGUGGGAUUUUACUGUGUUUAUUUGUUGAUGGUGGAUAUGGGGGCCCUGUUGAGGAUCUGGUACAUAGAUUACCAGGUCAACCAAAGGUUGACUUCAAGCAAUAUGCUGGUUAUGUUAAUGUGGAUGAGAAGGCAGGGAGAAGCUUAUUUUAUUACUUUGCUGAAGCAGAUGGUGAUGCAGACAAGAAGCCCCUCACUCUCUGGUUGAAUGGAGGUCCGGGUUGUUCUUCCAUUGGUGGUGGUGCUUUUACUGAAUUGGGCCCGUUCUUUCCAAGAGGAGAUGGCCGAGGCCUCAUAAGAAACAAGAAAUCAUGGAACCGAGUUUCAAAUCUUCUGUUUGUGGAGUCCCCUGCUGGUGUUGGUUGGUCUUAUUCAAACACAACUGCUGAUUAUACCUGUGGUGAUGCCUCCACUGCAAAGGAUAUGCUUAGAUUUCUAUUGGGAUGGAUUCAUAAGUUCCCCGAAUACAAAACGAGAGACUUGUUUCUCACAGGAGAAAGCUAUGCAGGACAUUAUAUACCUCAAUUGGCCGACGCUCUACUAGACCACAAUUCACACUCUACAAAAUUCAAGUUCAAUAUCAAGGGAAUAGCCAUUGGAAAUCCACUUUUAAAGCUUGAUGUCGAUGCAGCAGCAAGUUACCAGUACUUUUGGUCUCAUGGGCUGAUCUCUGAUGAAACUGGCUCUGCUAUUUUGGACCAAUGCAACUUUGAUGAUUAUGUCCUUGGCAACUCCCCUCACAAUGUGUCCAUGGCCUGUGAUGAUGCCAUGGAGAAAGCCAAUCGGGAAGUUGGUAACUAUGUUAAUGCCUAUGAUGUCAUACUUGAUGUUUGUUAUCCAUCAAUUGUCCAACAAGAGCUGAGACUCCGGAAAUGGGCUACUAAGAUCAGUGUAGGUGUAGAUGUAUGCAUGACAUAUGAGAGGCGCUUCUAUUUAAACCUUCCAGAAGUUCAGUAUGCUCUCCAUGCAAACCGGACCAAGUUACCUUAUAGUUGGAGCAUGUGCAGUGACCAAUUGAACUAUAGCAAUAUAGAUGGUAGUAUCAAUAUGAUUCCUGUGCUUAAAAAAAUAAUCCAACACAAAGUGCCCAUUUGGGUUUUCAGCGGAGACCAAGACUCUGUUGUACCCCUGAUGGGUUCACGGACGCUUGUCCGUGAGUUAUCUGAUGAUAUGAAUUUUGAAAUUACAGUUCCCUAUGGUGCUUGGUUUUAUAAAGGACAGGUUGGGGGUUGGGCCGCAGAAUAUGGGAACAUGUUGACCUUUGCUACAGUGAGAGGUGCUGCUCACAUGGUACCCUAUGCUCAGCCAGCAAGAGCACUCAAGCUCUUCCAUACUUUUGUGUCUGGCCAAAGAUUGCCAAACAUUACCCAUCCUUCCAUCGAGUGAUUGAUCCCCAACAAUCUACCAUUUUCAAAGACUUUUCUUGGGUCAUUUUUUAAUAAUUCGAUGGUUUUAUUCCUAUUGAUUGAUUCUUUGGCUUCUUAGAUAUAUGUGUGUGUGAGAGAGAGAGAGAGAGAAGAUUCAUCAUAAAAAAAGUGGAUGUACCAGAGAUUUUCAUCCACCUUGUUUUUUGAGUGUUAAGAGAGAUUUCAUCCUCUACAAUUUGUAUUUGUUCAAAACAAAGAGAUUAGGGGGGAGAGAUGGAGAGAGAGAUGGGAUUUACUCAUGAAUAACAGGACUUACCGAGCAAUUCUUUUUAA